CCCGGCGCCUCGGAGGCAGCGCGCGGGCGCCAUGGGCAUCCAGGGCAUGGAGCUGUGCAUGGCGGUGGUGGUGCUGCUGUUCAUCGCCGUGCUCAAGCAGUUCGGCAUCCUGGAGCCCAUUUCCAUGGAAGAUACCAGCGACAGUGAGCUGGAGCUGUCCAUGGUGCGCCACCAGCCAGAGGGGCUGGAGCAGCUGCAGGCACAGACCAAGUUCACCAAGAUGGAGCUGCAGUCCCUCUAUAGGGGCUUCAAGAAUGAGUGUCCCUCGGGCCUGGUGGAUGAAGACACCUUCAAACUCAUUUACGCACAGUUCUUCCCUCAGGGAGAUGCCACCACCUACGCACACUUCCUCUUCAAUGCCUUCGACGCUGACGGGAACGGGGCCAUCUGCUUCGAGGACUUUGUGGUUGGCCUCUCCAUCCUCCUGCGAGGAACAGUCCAGGAGAAGCUCAAGUGGGCCUUUAACCUCUACGACAUUAACAAGGAUGGCUACAUCACCAAAGAGGAGAUGCUGGCCAUCAUGAAGUCCAUCUAUGACAUGAUGGGCCGGCACACCUACCCCCUCCUGCGGGAGGACGCACCUCUGGAGCACGUGGAGAGGUUCUUCCAGAAAAUGGACCGGAAUCAGGAUGGGGUAGUGACCAUUGAUGAGUUCCUGGAGACCUGUCAGAAGGACGAGAACAUCAUGAGCUCCAUGCAGCUGUUCGAGAACGUCAUCUAGGACACAUCGGGGAUCCCCAAGUGGCCAUCGUCACCACCUCAAUCCUGCCAGGAACAGCCUCCAAGAGAAACUUUUUUCUAAUAUAUUUGCAAAAAGUGAACAGUUUGCUACACACACACACACACACACACACACACGUGCACCAUUCCUCUGGGCUAGGUCGGGGAGGGGUGCUGCAUCGGGUUGGGAUCUGGGUCCAGGUGACAUGAGCUACACCCCCAGCCAGCCCAUCCCAGGCCAGGGGAGUGAGGCUGCCUCUGCAGUGGGCCGAGUCUGCAGCUAUUGGCUGCUGGGUGUGCGCAGGGAAGUGCUCAGCUCCCCUGCAAAGGAGGGUCCAGUCUCCAGAGUGAAGGCCCCUCCCUCCCGCUUCCCUUCUUUGCCACCACCCAUGGGCCAGGCUCUGGCCUCCUUGUCUCCCAGCCAUUCCCAGCCCACUGACCACACUCCCAGGAUGCACCUCACCGCAGAACCCUGAGGGGCAGCCGGGAUAAAGGGUGUUCAGACUAGGAAAGAAGUGAUGGAGGCAGAGCCUGCUGCUUCCUGGAAAGGUUUCCUGGUGAGCUCUGCUGCGAGGAUGAGGGGCCAUCCCUGCUGUCCCUCCAUCCCAGGAAGGAGGCCCUUUAAGCUCAGGGUUGGGUUUCCUGGUGGAGAAUGUGAGGAGACUGUGCCGACCCCACGAGAUGGGAGAAGCCCUCCCCUACUUGCCCAGGCCAGGCUCAGUGGGGACACAGUGGUGGCACUGCCCCCACCCCUCAGGCUCUGAACUGUUCGCCCCAAGUCAUCAUAGGUUCCAAGAAGAGGCCAUGUGGCUCAGGGACUGGCCGCCCAGGAGCCCGGUGGCAGCCAGCCCAGGAAGGGCUUCUCGGCCCUUUGUCCCCCAGCCUCUGUCUCCCGUGGCCCAGCAGUUGGGUUGAGCUCCCCUCUGGUGGGGUCCUGAAGCAGUGUGGCCACCUCCGCAGGGCUCACCCCAACCCAUACACAAAGCACAAGCACCCCCAGAGCUCAGGUGGAGCCCGCGAGGAGCUGAAGACACCGCUUUUCUGAGACGAGGCCCUCCUGGUGGGCUGAGCCUGGGCCCGGAGCCCUGGGCCCGGUGGCCCGCAGGUGGCCCAGGGAAGGAAGCGGGGGUCUGUUCUGUGACUCAGAGCAGUCGGGGCUCAAGCCCCUCCCCAGCCCAGCUCACCAACAUUCAAAAGCACAAACCCCGGACUCUGCUUAGCUGGGUUCUGCCCUGGGAUGGGGCCAAUGUCCACCUGAGGCCAGAGGCAGCCGUGAGGGCUGAGGGCCUGAGGCCGGUGGGAGGUCCACGGGGCCUCCAGGACACACAGAGGGAUGGCUGCUCCUGCCCAGGCAGUGGGGACUUCCGAGGAACAUUCCCAAACAUACAUUCCAUCGGCUACCGUCCCGCCUCUGCUCGGCCUGGCCCGGGGUGAGCGGGGCCUUCCAGAAAGGGUGGGACGGCGGAGGCCCUGGAGACUGGUCUGGUUCGGCCAGGGGACUCCUGGGCACCCACAGGCAGUCCUCGGCUUGGAGAUGCACUGAUACCCCAUCUCCAGUCUGACUGGGGUCCCUCCCCUCCUCCAGGAGGCAUCAGCUUUCCCUGGCUCAGGGAUCUCCUCCCCCCACCCCCAGCCCGGUCCUCCCAGCUGGUGUCGCUCUGCUUCUCAGGGGCCCAGGUCAUAGGAGAGGGUGGCCACCACCCCGUUACCCUUGGCCUUGGCCAGACGGGCUGCCGUCCAGCCAGGAGAGGCCUGUCUCCCACGCUGGGACGAGGACUGGCCGCAUGACUGCAUGGCAGAAGCGUCUCCCCUGGGCACACCUGGGAGGGUGGCUCCUGUUCUCAGUGCCCACCAACAGCAGUCCUGUAUAUUUUAAUAAAAGAAACGUGACAAAGGC